GAGGCAGAUCCAGGAGCACGAGCAGGAUUCUGCCCUCCGGGAGCAGAUGAGCGGCUACAAGCGGAUGAGGAGACAGCACCAGAAGCAGCUGAUGGCCCUGGAGAAUAAGCUGAAAGCUGAGAUGGACGAGCACCAGCUGAGACUGGGCAAGGAGCUGGAGACCCAACGGAAUAACUUCGGAGCUGAGUGCGAGAAAGUCUGCAAGAAGCAGCAGGCGCUGCUGGAGAAAGAGGGAAAGGCGUCGGGAAUAGACGAGAGGAAGUUCCAGCAACACAUCCUGAGCCAGCAGAAGAAGGAGCUCAGCACCCUCCUGGAGUCCCAGAAACGGCAGUACAAACUGCGCAAGGAGCAACUCAAGGAGGAGUUACAGGAGAACCAGAGCACUCCGAAACGAGAGAAACAGGAAUGGCUGCUGCGUCAGAAAGAGAACCUGCAGCAUUUCCAGGCGGAGGAGGAAGCGAAUCUACUCCGGAGGCAGCGACACUACCUGGAGUUACAGUGUCGACAGUACAGGCGCAAAACACUGCUGUCCCGUCACAACCUGGAACAGGACCUGCUCCGGGAGGAACUGAACAAGAAGCAAACUCAGAAGGAUUUAGAGUGCGCGAUGUUACUGAGACACCACGAGUCCACUCAGGAGCAGGAGUUCCGACACCUGAACGUGGUGCAGCGGACGCGGACUGAGCUGAUCCGCUUGCAGCACCAGACCGAGCUCAGCAACCAGCUGGACUACAACAAGCGGAGGGAGCAGGAGCUGCGGCAAAAGCAUGUGGUGGAAAUACGACAGCAGCCCAAGUGUCUGAAAGUAGGUUCCCGGGGGCAGUCGGACGGUGAAUGUGAGGGCCUGGGAAGGUCCCUGGAGGACGUCGGCCUGGACUGGGGCCCCGGGGAGGGUCCGAGGGUCGGCGGGUCCCUGGAGGACGUGAGACUGGACUGGGGCCCCGGGGAGGGUCCGAGGGUCGGCGGGUCCCUCCUGGGAAGGUCCCUGGAGGACGUCAGCCUGGACUGGGGCCCCGGGGAGGGUCCGAGGGUCGGCGGGUCCCCCCUGGGAAGGUCCCUGGAGGACGUCAGCCUGGACUGGGGCCCCGGGGCGGGUCCGAGGGUCGGCGGGUCCCCCCUGGGAAGGUCCCUGGAGGACGUCAGCCUGGACUGGGGCCCCGGGGCGGGUCCGAGGGUCGGCGGGUCCCCCCUGGGAAGGUCCCUGGAGGACGUCAGCCUGGACUGGGGCCCCGGGGAGAGGGGCAGUGGGGAUGGCCCCCCCUCCGAGGUGCCUUACUUUGAGCUGCAAUCGUCUGGGCCUGCCCCCGGCUCCCGCCCCCACCGCCGCCGCCGCCCCCUCCCCUCGGCCCACUCCUUCCCGGACGCCUACGAGGAGGGGCUGGAGCUGCCGGACGUGGAGGACCCGCGCCUGCUGGAGCCGCCCGCCGGGGCCUCGGGUCCGCUGGCCCAGCUGCCGGCAGCCCCCCACCUCCUGGGCGCCUCGCUGGCCCUGCUGGUGGUCUCCUGCCCCGGCUCGCUGCUCCCCUUCGCCCUCGCGGUGGCCCUGCUGGUCCUGGCGCGGGCGGUCGGGGGCCUGAGCGCGCUAGGCCUCGGCUGCCGCCUGUCGCUCCGCUACGUCCCCGCCCUGCUGGGGGCGGCAUGCUUCCUCACCUCCCCGGGGCUCUUCCUGCCCCUCUACCUGCUGAUGGUGCUGGUGGUCCAGCCCGCCCGCCCCUGGGCCGAGGCCCUGCCCAGGAGAGGCCGCCGGCUCUGGGUGCGGCUGCUGCUGCGCCUGCCCAGGCCGCUUUUCCAGGCCGUCCAGCGCUGCGGCCUGGCCGACGAGCGGAGCCUCUUCUCCCUCUUCCCCAAGGCCGGCCGGGGGCGGCCCAGCAGCCGCCUGCCCGUCCCUGUUCCCACCCCCGGCCGGCGCCGGGCCUCGGCCGGGGGCCUGCGGGCCCGGGCGUCAGGCCUGGCGGCCCGGCUCGCCCGGCGGCUCCGCCGGCGCCUGGCGUCCGCCCUGCUGGGCCGGGCCGCUGCCGUCCGGCCCGACGGGCCCAGCCGCAUCCCCCGGCUGCUGCCCAGGGAGCGGCGCCGGGCCGGGGUCCGGCCGAGGCCCGGGGCGAGGCCCAAGGAGCAGGCCCGCAGCUCGGUCCGGCGCUCGGGCGUCUGGAUCCCUUAA